AUGCCGUCCCCGUUCCUUACGCCUGGUCCCACGGCGAAGGCGGAUUCUCUGGCGGUGCUGCAUUUGCGGCGAAACCUUUUGAUCCCCACGGUCCUCAAGACUCACGAUGACGAAAAUCUUGGCUAUGAUGAAGGGAAAGUAACCAACACCCGCUUCGGCUCGUUUCCACACAGUACAUUGAUUGGGCAGCCUUGGGGCUCGCAGAUUGUUGCAUCCAAGGUCGACACUGGCUCGCGGGGACGCAAACUAUCCCAGAAGCAGCCGUCCUCAUUAAAGCGAAAAGCAGAUGAAAUGGACACAUCUGAGGCCAAUGAUGAUGAUUCGAUACCUACAACACCAAGAACUGCUGUUGCUGCAUCCAGCGGUUUCAUUCACCUUCUCCCUCCCACACCCGAGUCUUGGACAGCUUCCCUCCCCCACCGAACGCAGGUCGUAUAUACCCCCGAUUACAGCUACAUAUUACACCGCAUACGUGCUAGACCUGGAUGUAGACUUAUAGAAGCAGGCGCAGGCAGUGGAUCAUUCACACAUGCGGCCGCGCGGGCGGUGUUUAAUGGGUACCCGUCACCUGCAGAACCCCCAAGCAACAAACAUCUCGGGAAAGUCUACAGCUUCGAGUUCCAUGCGCAGCGGGCGUCGAAGAUUCGCGAAGAGAUUCGCGAUCACGGGCUAGAUGGUAUCGUCGACGUGAGCUACCGGGACGUCUACAACGAGGGAUUUUUGGUAGGCGAACCUCUCAAAGGCGAAUCCCCUAGAGCCAAUGCCAUAUUCCUCGACCUCCCCGCGCCAUGGCUCGCGCUGAAACACCUAGUUCGAGAACCCAUUGACGGAUCUCCAUCUCCCCUCGACCCAUCGUUGCCAGUACAUAUCUGCACGUUCUCACCUUGCCUGGAACAAGUCCAGCGGACCAUCAGCGCGCUGCGUCAACACGACUGGGUAUCUAUAUCGAUGGUUGAAGUAAAUCAUCGCCAAAUUGAGGUGCGGAGAGAGCGUUACGGAAUUGAAGGUGGUGGGGGUCGAGGCACGAUUCCUGGUCCUCGAAAUGUGGAAGAAUCAGUAACUAGGCUUCGAGACAUUGGGGAACGUGGAAAAGCUUUCCAUGCUAGCCAGAAAAUGACAACUGCAAGGGCGGUGAUGGUGACGGGUAACCGUGAGAGCAGCAAAGAAGGUACAGAAAUAGUCGACCCAGAGGGUAGCGACAAGAAUGAUCCAUCGUCUUCAGUAAUAUCAGGCAUAUUAAAAUUAAAGCAAUCAACCCCCUCGGUACAACCAUUGGUGCCAGCGUACAAGCAAGGCAAUCUCAUACAUCGCAGCGAGCCCGAUCUCAAGACCCACACGUCCUAUCUUGUCUUUGCCAUUUUGCCCGUUACAUGGUCUGAAGAGGAAGAACAACGGUGUCGAGAAAAGUGGCCAAGCGUUGCGAAGUGUCGCGCUGUAGAUGGGGCAUCAGUGCAUCCGAAGAGCAAGAAGCAGAUGAAACGGGAAGAGAAAGCUGAGAGGAAGACGGCUAAGAAAGCGGAGGAGGAAUAA